AUCUAAAGUAACGUCAAAACAGUGCAUGAAAAGUACAGUAGAAGAUCGAUGAUCAGAAACAGCUCAACGUUGGACAUUUUAAUAAUAUAAAGAGGUUUGUCUCGUGACUUUUAUUUUGAAAACAUUCGGAAAUGUGAACUCCUUACUGAAGUUGGCUUCACACUGCUUAUUUGUAUCAACAUAGAGCAAGGGAUUUGUCAACAAUCGGAAGUAGAUAUAGAGGUAAUGGCAGAAUUAAAUCGACAACUUCAAGAGUACUUGGCACAAUCCAAAGGGGGUGCCAAGACGAUAUCUCAGUCCAGCUCAAGUACCUCCAUAGACAUAGAUGACCCUGCAUCAGUUCCCGGGAGCUGGUUCGGUAACUGGUCAAGUCCAUUUUCUGGUUCCAGCAGCAGGUUGAGCUCAUCGGGCCAAGGAUCGAGCACCGGCUUUUCCUGGCCAUGGUCUACUGAGCCGGACCCAUGCCUGCCCGGAAUGAGUCGCUCACAACGACUGGUAGCGUUUGGGACCUGCAUUACUUUCUCUGCCAUUUGCUUUGGACUUUCCGCCCUUUACGCACCGUUGCUAUUAUUGUAUGCUCGCAAAUUUGCACUACUUUGGUCUCUAGGUUCCCUUUUCGCGUUAAUGGGAGCGGCGAUACUGAAAGGACCGAGUAAGCUCAUUGGAACUCCGACUCCUGGCGCAGCAGUAUAUUUGUGUUCACUUGGCGGAACCCUAUACGCGGCCCUAAGCCUUCACAGCACUGUGCUCACCGCACUUGGAGCUAUUGUCCAGAUUGCUGUCAUCGCUGGGUACGUCGUUUCUUUGUUGCCUGGCGGCAGUGCAGGUAUACGGUUCAUGGGAGGGAUGGCAGCGUCAGCAAUCAAACGGACUGUCACUGGUAAAACAAUGCCUAUUUGAUCAUAGAAAUGUUGACACGCUGUCAAACAGACCAAUGAUUCACAAUGAACUUUGUUUAGGUCGCUGCAGUGAUAAGGCCUGAGCAGUGUGCGCUGUUAGGAUGGACAGUCCAAAGAAACAUUCCUGCUGGCUACAUUCUAAGAUUGGAUGGGAAUUUCCUAUGGACAAACAACUCAGAUACAAUUUGAGAAUAAACACUCAAAUGGAAGACUCGGCAACCCAUUGUAUAUGUUGUAAUUUUGACUAAUAAAAUGUACCUUGGUACAAUGUAACCUUU